ACGUCAGGCCUUUGAAAGGACGUGUGUCAAAAGUCAACCUGCGGAACCCAUUGCUCAACAACUUAUAUAAGAAAAUAACAAAAAUAAUAAAAAUAAAUAGACGAAGGUCCCUCUCUGCUCUCAGGCAGAGCUGAGUAAAGAAAAAAUAAGGUGCUGAAAUCGUAAGCGGAGAAAGAAGCGGAGCCUGUUGAUACGACCACGACAACGGAUUACGCGACAAAACAACCUCGCUGCCUCAUCUUUCAACUCCUCUCCUAUUUUAUCAUUAUCCUUUUUUUUUUAUUUUUUAACGAACAGUUUCAACGCACACAAAUUUAGAAGAAGCCAGAGCAGAGACAAAUCUUGGAGCCUUCGAAGUCUCCUUCAUUUGUUGAUUCCGUAACUAAAUCGGGAGCUGAAGUUGUUUUCCCCUGUUAAUCUAGUUUGGCGUUUGAUUUUUAUCGAAGGGUAAAUUUUGUUUUAGGAGAUCCGGCAGAUGAUGGUGAUGUCUUUUACUUUAAUAACACAAAUGGUGAAAGGUAUAAUUUACAACAAGAACAUAGUAGUCACAUAACUUAAAAUAUUAUGAGUUGUAGCUGCUUUGGGGCCUUAAAAGUUAAGAGGGGAGAGAGCUCUGCUCAUCGUGAAAUAGUAGGGAGUUUGCCUGGGAAUACUAAACAUUUCUCCUACAAUGAAUUAAGGUUGGCGACAGAUAAUUUCCAUCCAAGCAAUAAAUUAGGCCAAGGAGGUUUUGGAACUGUUUACAAGGGAACCCUAAAAGAUGGAAUAGAAGUUGCUGUGAAGACACUUUCUGCCCAUUCAAAGCAAGGAUUACGUGAGUUUUUGACCGAGAUUAAUACCAUAUCAAAUGUCAGGCAUCCAAACCUGGUUGAGUUGGUAGGCUACUGUGUCGAAGGAUCUCAUCGGAUUUUGGUCUAUGAAUACUUACAAAACAACAGCCUUGAUCGUGCAUUAUUAGGUUCAAAGAGUUCAAAGAUCAAUCUGAAUUGGGAACAAAGAUCUGCUAUUUGCCUGGGCACCGCUAGGGGUCUUGUAUUUCUUCAUGAAGAUCUUGUACCACAUAUUGUGCAUAGAGAUAUUAAAGCUAGUAAUAUACUUCUGGACAAAGAAUUUAACCCAAAAAUUGGAGACUUUGGGCUGGCUAAACUUUUCCCAGAUGACAUCACUCACAUUAGCACAAGAAUUGCUGGAACAACUGGCUAUUUAGCACCAGAAUAUGCCUUGGGUGGUCAUUUGACCAUGAAAGCCGAUGUUUACAGUUUUGGAGUCCUUAUACUAGAAAUAAUUAGCAGCAGAAGCAGUGCUAAGGCAAACUGGGGCGGGACAGAGAAAUUUCUCUUGGAAUGGGCAUGGCAGCUGUAUGAAGAAGAGAGACUCUUGGAGAUUGUGGAUCCGGAAAUGCAAGGAUUCCCCGAGGAAGAAGUAAUUAGAUACAUGAAGGUAGCCUUUUUCUGCACCCAGGCAGCAGCGAGCCGAAGGCCGUUGAUGAGCCAGGUUGUUGACAUGCUCUCGAGGAACAUCCGACUCAAUGAGAAGGAACUUACAGCCCCAGGCCAUUUCACGGUGUCAGGGGAGGCAUCUUCCUCCAAGAAAGGGUCAUCCUCCCACUAUACCAGCAAUCAGAUGAGCUCUGUCCCCGUCACAAUUACUGAAGUUACCCCUAGAUGAUUGAAUAAUUCCAUUCCUAGGUGAACAGUGAAUACGACUCAGCAAAAAUGCAGUUACAGCUUGUUUUAGAUACAUAUCCGGUUUUAUAUUGCUUAUAUAUAUAUAUAUAUAUAUAUAUAUAUAUAUAUAUAUAUAUAUAUAUAUAUAUAUUUUUUGGCCUUCGUAUUGGGAUAGAGCAGACUCAUUAUCUUCUAUUUCCUUUGGUGCCGAAAUGAAUAAACCUGUGGAACACAGAGCGAGCAAACGAUUCUUUGGCUUGAAGCACUACUUCCAACAUAGAAGAAAGUUGUACCAUAUUGUCAUGUUACACAUAAUGUAAAUCUUUGGGUAAUCAGUUCAUGGCAUCAAAACAAAUUAUGAGUA